AUGCCAAUCCGCGAUGUUGCGGAGAGGCCGCCUUCACCUGUGUUCAGUCAGCCUCAGUCUGUAUCUGCUAGGUCGUCUGAGCAAAAGGGAAGGAAGAAGGAUUGGGUAGGAAGCGCAUCGAAACGUCUGCGGCUCCCAAAGCUUCGCGAGAAAAGAAGCUUAUCGCAGGUUCAAGAAGCUUCGAUGCCUUCGAAAGAGUCUGCGCAGAAACCCAUUGUUGGUCCAGCGAAGAGCCGUGUCGCAACUCCAGUCGCAGCCCAGCUCACUCAGAAGAGCACUUUAGAACGUCCCGGGCCUACCAAACAGUCCUCUAGCCCAACCGACAAACCUUUACCAAGUCUUCCGGUUGCAACGGUUGACUACAAAUCUCCUGUCCGCAGAUCACUUAUUGACUGCUCUGAACGCCCUUUGCGACGUUCAGUCUCCCCUCCUGAUGGAGGACCACCGAAGGAGGAAGAAUGGCCCUCGAUCCAGCCAUCAACUGGUACAACUGUCCCGAUACCAGAACCUUGCAAAGCUCCGGCUAAGCCAAGUCUGGGAGAGAGUAUCAUCGAUGGCCUUCGAAGCCUGAAUUUGCAAGAUAAUGAAGAUGAAAAAGAGAAGGGGUACCCAGCCGUCGAAUUUGCAAAUUCUGCCGUUGAAAGAAAAAAGGAAUCCAAGUCCCACUCUUCAGGAAGACAAAUGCAUACUUCUCUCGGAAUCCUUGACAAUGACUCUGACCGUCCGCUGUCAUCGAGUCAACUGCCAAAGCCACGCGACUCAAUGUUGCAGACUCUUUCACGCCAUACCGAUAACCCUGUCAUACGUCAGACGAAGACUUCGGCUAUGAGACUUCAGAAUGCAAUGGGGAAGAGAACCUGGAGCUCUGGCGAGAAGAGUGUAGCGACAGAAGAUGCACUUCCGUCAAUUCAACAACCGUCAACUCUGUUGGGGAAGCCCAGACACAUCGAUGGACGCGGUCCAAAUCCAACUCGAUCCGCGUCCAAAGGUCGACACGCGGUCACAGUCCGCGGCUCACCAUACAUCAUCCCUACUCGCGUACCAUUAAGAGCAAAUGCGGCGUCACCUGCCAAUCAGCAAGAAAUGACCCAUGACGACCAUAGUAUGAUGGUAUCCGGGGGUCUGGAGAAUUCUAUCUCGCAUGGCCUUGACCACGUUGGAAGGAAAGAAGAAUCUACUGCAAAAGAUGUCUCCAGACAAAGCUCACUCCCGGUUCCCAGCCGAAUUAAAGGUGAACGAGCUAGUCCUGGUACAGAAGGUGUCUCUCCACAUGGACAGCCUUCUCUGGACGAUACUUCUAAACCUACAGAGUGCCCAGGAACUCAAGGUAGUAGUGGCGCCGCAUCCACCAACUCCUCGAGUCCCAGAGUUGCUGGCCAAUCUCCUCCUGUUGCAGAUAGCUGUAUUGAUCUUCGCGAUGCGCUGUCGUCCCCUGUCCCACCACUUGACCACACGGUACGUAGUGCCGAUAUUUCCAACAGCACAACUCGUGGUUAUGAUUCCUAUGGUGGUUUCCGCAUCAAACAUCUUGGGAAUGGACUGCUUGAGGGCCCGACACUCCGUAUCAACGACUCUGCAAGUCGUAUCUUGCUAGGAAGCGACGAGAAAGCCAGUGACCCAGUUGCCCCCUCUGCACGCUCCAGCGUCAUCCUCCGCCGAAAAAGAAGUGCUCCAGAAAUUGGUCAACGGAAAGACACAAAGACAAGCAGUCGGCCGACCAGCGCAAUUUUUGACCGUCCCCUCUCUUUCAUUGCGAGGAACAUCGCGGAUCGUACAAGUGAAAUCAGAGCACUUGGCGAUGAUGAAGUGCGUCAGUUAAUAGGUGACUGUGACUCCCCAUCACAGCCUCAGUCAGCAGAGCUGCCUGGGAGAGAAUCCGUGUACGUUCACGAUUCAAGACCCAGCUCACUCAUUAUAAAGUACGUGAAACGAGAUUCUUGGGAGAGUCCGCGAAACCCAGCUCCUGUACAAUGUGACUGGCCUGGCAAAGACUUUGCAGAGUUCAACCUCUGUGCAAGCCCUGAUCGAUCCCCUCCAAAACUUACGAGUGCUUCCUUCUACGAAAAAGGCGACCCAAGCAAAAGCAAGUCUUCGAUCUACACAGAUGCCGAACCACCAAAGACAGGAUCAGCAAGCAUCAAGUCAAUUACAUCCCGGCCUUCCACAAUCGCUCUACGUGCGCCACCUAGCAGAGAGAUUGCGCCUUUCUUGUUUCAAGAUACCAAAAAUGGAGAGAAGAAAGGCAAGGAAUCUAUCGGAAAGGUGUCCGUCCGUUUGGAGGUUUCAGGUGGUGCUGACAGUGGUGACUCGACCACGACAUAUCCACCUCGAGUCUCCUCGAGAAGACCAAAGCCACCUCCGAUCAUUGUUUCGCCCCCACAGAACGCCGGGCCAACAGUCAGUAUCAAGCCUCGUGCGUCAAAUGGCCGCGAAGUUGACCCUGAUUUUCUGAAGAAGCCGAGAAAUGUCAAAACUUUCUCUCAGAGUGUUAGUCCGCACACGGAUUCCACCAAGGCUAGGAGGGUCGCCCGCAAAUUAGGCUAUACUCCUACUUCCAGCAGCAAGAAAGUCAUUUCAAAUCUCCGAGGACUCUUCCACAAACGCUCCGUCGAGUCCGAGACGACCAACGAUGACGGUACUGGUUCCAUCCGGCAGAGUCUCAUGCCUAAUCCAUUACGAAUAAAUCCUUCCGAUUGCGGCGCGGCGGCCUCUGACAACACCAACAGUGCUCCACGCAACUUGAUCCGAAAUCCAUUCAUCAGCCCAACCACACCGUUCACCGCUACUGUUCAGCCGUCACCGUAUCCGGGAAUUAGUGGUGUAUCUGCGCAACAGCGCGACAAUGCGAAGGCAAGUGGAAGCGCAGAUACAACCCCGCCACUCCCGUCUCCAGCCGAGACCCUCGCGAAUGCAACGACUCUGACGCACUCUCUUUUGGACCUCGCGCACAUCGAGACCGACUUGCAGCGAAAGAGCCAUCUGAUUCAGAUGAGCAAAUGUAUGGUCGAAGUGGUUGGUGCUGCGCGAGAUGCCGAAAAGGCAAUGGAGAAGGCCAAGAUGGAAGCGGCACGCGCAGAGGUCUCGUGGCUUAAAGUGCAGAAGACCAUGGCCGAGAUGGUUGAGCAUGUUGUGAAAGUCGAUGCGCUGUCGAGAAAGCAGGGGAGUGAUUAG